AUGUUUUCCCGUUUCCCGUCGCAGUGUAAUGAAGUGCAUCCAGUCUGCAACAACUGCGAACGUCGUCAAAUAUUCUGCGACUUUUCCGCGUCUCCCGGUAGUAGCAAAUCUCCCAGCACCGUCGCUGCAGAUGUACGAAAGCCAGGGAGUCAAGCAGGAUCGGUCAGCGGGUCACAGCGCACGCCCACACAGCCUGUCGUCGAUCCGUUUCAGCAGCCUGACCUCGUGAGCACCAAGAAGAGCACUGAUCUUGACGUGACCGACCUCCGGUUGAUGCACCAUUUCACCAGCGUAGUCGCGCUCGACCUAGCCAAUGCCAAAACUCCCGAAGCACAGGCGUUGUGGCAGGUCCACGCAGUGAACCUGGGCUUCAAGCAUGAAUUCCUGCUCCGCGGCAUUCUGGCUGUUUCAGCGUUUCACCUCGCCUAUCUUUAUCCGAAUAGGAAGGCCGAGUACGAAUUGAUUGGGACGACGCACCAGAGCCUUGGGUUGACCGAGUUUCAAGAGACACUGGCCCACGUCGACGAAACCAACUGCCAGGCGCUGUUUGCCUUUUCGUGCCUGCUGAUUGUGCUGGCCUUUGCUUCUAGCGCAAAAGACAAAGCGGAAGACUUUACGCAUGACGUGCUGCAUUGGUUUUAUUUGCUGAGAGGGGCCAACAUGGUGCUGAACAUGCAUCACCACACGAUCCGGUGCAGUUUUCUCAAGCCGUUACUGGACGAAAUGGCGCACAUGGACAACAUUGCCGCCUACCGAUUUCCAGACACGGAUCAGAUCACGAAGCUGUUUCGAGUGUGCAGUUCCUCGGAACACGACAAGGAGACGGCGCAAGCCAUCGACCUGGCCAUCCAUUCGCUCCUGAGCACUUUUAUUCAAGCUUCAUUGCUGAGAACACGCGGCGAGGGCACUGUUCUAGCAACCUUUGUCUGGCCGAUCAAUCUCCCGCCCAAGUUCCUGGAUCUCCUGGGCGAAAAGCAGCCGGAAGCUAUGGUCAUCCUUGCACAUUAUUGCGUUCUCAUAUACUGGGGAGAGAAGGUCGUCCAUGAGGACAAUUGGUUCAUCAGUGGAUGGGCCAAGUAUAUGCUUGAAACGGUAAAGGAAUCGAUACCGGAGGUCUGGCACGCACAGCUCGAAUGGCCAACCAUGAUGAUCACUAAAGAACGUGAUUCGCCCAGUGCUGAAGCAGUAUCUUUGGCACCUUUGACCGGACCUCCAACGAUGGGCUGA